AUUGAAAUAAACUGAAAUGAGCUGAAUUUAAAAUAAUCGUAUGAAAACAUACUCUAUUAUACAUAUAUUAAGGUGAACACAUACACAAAUUCAGAUGUGCAUUUUACAUGAGUUAAAUUUUCAACGUUACAAUUUUAAUUAAAAAAAAAAUAGAAAAUCUUUUUAACAACCUCAGUUUCCACCAUCUUUUUUAAAAGUUCCACCUCAUCACUCAUUCACUCCCAUACUUCCCACCUUUAAAACCCCCUCCUACUGUCUCUCUCCUCACCCUUCACACUUCACACCCCCAAGGCCCCAACAAUGAAGAAACAAGACUCGUCACCUUUCACCGGCAGAGUCACCGGAAAACCCGUCGGAAAACUCUUACUCUGCUUCGAAACCAAACCAGUUCUCGCCACCCUCUUAACUCUCACCCUCGUUUUACUCCUUUGGAACCUUCAACCUUACUACGACCACCUCCUUUCUCUCUCCUCUUCUUGCCACUGCACUUCCCCUCUUCCUCUCAACCACCUCCUCAACACCACCACAACAACAACAACCGCCGCAAAAACCACCCACUUACUCUCUCUCUCCUCCAUCAACAAACCCAGAAACCUCCCUCUUCCGGGUCGGACCCAACCCAAAGACCCGAAUAAGAGAGAGUUCAAACCGUAUGGAAAUGCCGCUGCACUCUUCGUUCAAAUGGGUGCUUACCGUGGAGGACCGGCGACAUUCUCCGUCGUCGGAUUAGCGUCGAAACCGAUCCAUGUAUACGGUCAACCAUGGUACAAGUGUGAGUGGGUCCCAAACAAUCGGACCCUUCAACCUACCCGCGCAAAAGCGUUCAAAAUCCUCCCUGAUUGGGGUUACGGAAGAGUCUACACUGUUGUCGUCGUAAACUGCACUUUUCCGACGAACCCAAACGUCGAUAAUUCCGGCGGAAAACUCAUUCUCUACGCUUACUACUCUCUUUCCCCACGCUUUUUCGAGAAAUUUACAGCGCUUGAAGAACUUCCCGGCGCUUUUAACAGCUCACUCUACAGUUCUCCCCCAGAGCUAGACUACCUCUAUUGUGGGUCCUCACUUUAUGGCACUUUAAGUGCGUCGAGAAUUCGUGAGUGGGUAGCGUACCAUGCUUGGCGCUUUGGGGAGAAGUCGCAUUUCGUGUUUCAUGACGCUGGUGGGGUUUCCGAUGAGGUUCGGAAGGUUCUAGAACCGUGGGUGAAGAAGGGGAGAGUAACGAUUCAAAAUAUUAGAGAUCAAGAAAAUUAUGAUGGGUAUUAUUAUAAUCAAUUUUUGGUGGUGAAUGAUUGUUUACAUAGGUAUAGAUUUGCUGCUAAAUGGACGUUUUAUUUUGAUGUUGAUGAGUAUAUUUACGUUCCAAAAGGAAAUUCAUUGAAGAAUGUUAUGAAGGAGUUUGAUGAAUUUACUCAGAUUACUAUUGAGCAGAAUCCUAUGUCUAGUGCUCUUUGCUUCAAGAAUGAUUCAUCCCAAGAUUAUUCCAGGGAAUGGGGUUUUGAGAAACUGCUGUUCAGGGACUGGAGGACUAAAAUCCGAAGAGAUAGAAAAUACGCCAUCCAAGCAAGGAAUGUAUUAGCCACCGGCGUUCACAUGUCAGAGAACAUUGUAGGGAAGUCUCUUCACCACACAGAGGCUAAAAUCCGAUACUACCACUACCACAACUCCAUCCAAGUCGUAGGUGAGCCAUGUCGUGUAUUACUCCCACCUUCGGCCAAGAAAAAGAUUACAUUUCACUAUAAACUGCCUUACGUUUAUGAUGACAACAUGAAACAACUUGCCAAUACCAUAAAGCAAUUUGAACAUGAAACCCUCGGAACUUCCCAGCUCCCUUUAUGACAUACACCUUAAGUACAGCCAUAUACGGCUUGAUAGUGGGGACCGCGUACAUGAAUGGUCCUGACUCCUGAGGCUAAGGAUGGGCUAACACCGGUGUGAAAAGUUGAAAUUUUAGACCCAUGCUAAUUGUGAUGUAUGGUGAGAAAUUGAAGGGGGUUUGUUAUAGGUGAUCAUUGAUUCAUAGUAAUGGACAAAGAUAUGAUGGUGCAAGGAUGGUGGGGGGUUAAAUGAUAUAUGAAAAGGGGAUCCAAUUCUUAGGCUUUGAUAAUUGAUAUAAUUAGGUUACUGUAAAGGUAAUUUGUCUUUUUUUAUUUUUUUAUUACUUUGAUUUGUUCAUUCUUAUAUGUUUGAUAAUACUAUAGGUUAAAAUGUGUUAUAAAUAUUGUUGUAAUUCCUAUAGUCAAAGAAUGAGAUUUUUUUGUAAGGAUAUAAAUGUUGUUAGGAUGAUAAUACUUACUAAUACAUUACAUCAUUAUUUUCUUUACUUUUAAUAUACUUUCUCUAUAAAAUAAAGUUAAAGAUGAUGGGAUUAUAUAUUGAAAGAUCAAAAGAACUUGUAACUUGUAAGGCAUAUAUUGGCUUUUACUUCUUUAUGAUUUAUUUGAUGUUAAC